CUCUCUUCAGCUUCUGCUCUGCUCUUCCUGAGCUCACUCUGUCGUUGGCGUUCGCGUUGACUGGCCAGAGUCCGCGAGCCGAGCACCCUCUGUCUCCCAUCUCUGCAACUCUAUUCAUCACCGUCCUUCCCUCUGGUUCGCAAGGUUCCUCUCCCCACUUCCUGAUCUGAUUCUGGCAUCUGAUUGGCCAUGGCGUACCAUAGCUUCCUUCUGGAACCAAUUAGCUGCCAUGCGUGGAACAAAGAUCGGACCCAGAUUGCCCUGUGCCCCAAUAACCAUGAAGUUCACAUUUACAAGAAAGAUGGAACCAAGUGGACCAAAAUCCACGAGCUGAAGGAGCACAAUGGACAGGUAACAGGUAUUGACUGGGCUCCAGACAGUAACCGCAUCGUCACUUGUGGUGCUGAUCGUAACGCUUACGUGUGGACCCUGAAGGAGGGAUCAUGGAAGCCCACCUUGGUCAUCUUGAGGAUCAACCGGGCUGCUCGCUGUGUGAAGUGGUCACCAAAGGAGAACAAGUUUGCCGUUGGCAGCAGUUCGAGGCUCAUUUCAAUCUGCUACUUUGAGCAGGAAAAUGACUGGUGGGUGUGCAAGCACAUCAAGAAGCCGAUCCGUUCUACUAUUCUGAGUCUGGACUGGCAUCCUAAUAAUGUGCUCCUGGCUGCUGGAUCCUGUGAUUUCAAAUGCAGGGUGUUCUCAGCCUACAUAAAGGAGGUGGAGGAGAAGCCUGGCCCCACUCCUUGGGGCAGCAAGAUGCCAUUUGGGGAGGUGCUGUUCGAGUCUGGAGGUACUGGAGGUGCUGCUCCGUCAUCAAGUGGAGGUGGCGGCUGGGUGCACAGCGUGUGCUUUUCUCAUUCUGGCAACCGUUUGGCCUGGACGUCCCACGACUCCACAGUGUCAGUAGCUGAGGGAGGAAAGACGGGCACGGUGAGCAGCCUGAGCUCGGAAACUCUUCCUCUCCUGUGUGUUACCUUCAUCACUGAGAACAGCUUAGUUGCUGCUGGUCAUGACUGUUACCCGAUGCUGUAUGUAUAUGAUGGUGCAAAUGCCAGCUUGACAUUUGGUGGCAAGUUGGAUGUUCCCAAGCAGGCAGCUUCGAAGGACAUCAGUGCCAGGGAACGCUUUAAGAACCUGGACCGUCGAGCCUCUGAGACUCAGAGCACUGACAAGGACCUGAACACGCUCCACAAGAACAGCAUCAGCCAAAUGUCAGUGCUGGAGGGAGGAAGAAACCAGUGCACCAAAUUCUGUACCACUGGCAUGGAUGGAGGAAUGGGCAUCUGGGAUGUGAAGAGCCUGGAGUCUGCUAUGAAGAAUUUGAAGAUCGUGUGAGCUGAGCUGUACACCAACGUUCCUAUAGGAACAUGAAGGAAUCUGCUUCUAUAUUACAAAAACCUUUUUGGCUGUAUUUUAUUCAAGUAUUUCUUUACACACAAAGUAAAACCAUCAGUUCUGUUCCAACAAUGUGUGUAGUCUCUCCUAGGCAUUUUGCUGGCUCAUUUGAUUUGUUGCUUUAUAGGAGGGGCUGACCUCAGGUCUGCAAAUGGUACUCAAUGAGUUCUAUUAAUAUUUUUAAAAGAGCUCAAUGUGAGCUGAAUGCUUUAAGCAGCUUUUACACGCUUUAACCACAGAGAGCGGCUUCACUGCUUAUAUUAAAAGCUUAUGCUGGACAUAACAUGCGUUUAAUAAAUGAUUGCUGUAGAAGUGGGCCAAAACUAGUGUGUGUCUCUGUGUAUGAACGCUUUUACAGCUUUUCAUUUAUAUUUCAUUCUAUUCCACCAUAUAACUUUGAGGUUAUGGUAUCAGUUGUGUUCAGUAUUUUAGAUAUCAUUAGAGAUUAAAUGAAAUGAGUUUC